AUGAAGCUAGCAUCAAAGUUACAAAUCCCCAGUGAAAUUAAUGGUCCAGACUUAUCUGUAGCUGAAAGACCCCUUCCUGAUUCAUUUUCACCUCAAUUUGUUACUAUAUUCGCUGCAAAAGCCAGCGUGGCCACAACAGAAUUAGAGCAACCCGUAGACAUUGAAUCGCCAAUCUUCAAAUUCAAGUCGCAGUGCAUGUCUGACAUAUGCAAAUACCUUGAUAAUGAUAAAGCAGAUGUUCCAGAAGAUCUAAGAACCAUGAUUGUCAAUAUUAUUGCGGCAAAUUGCAUAAGAAAAUUACCUUUUGUACCAAAAGAGCAAAUGUACCUCGACGAUUUUACUUUCCCUGCAUAUUCAAUGCCAUUACAUCCAACAAUUGGUUAUUCUAUACUAAUUAGAUUUUUCCAAUUAUAUCCUGCAGAUAAUUCAUUUACGGUGACGUUUUUGCGUAGAUUAAUAGAUAUGACAGCUUCUUUCGAUGGAACAGAACGAGAAAUGUUGAUUUUGUUCUUUACUCACAUAUUAAAGGCAAAACCUGAUGUAGUUCAUGGCGUUAUAGGUAGAAUUGAGGAGCUAAUCGUUGAUUUCAUGUCCACAGGUCUCUGCCCAACAAGAAUCUGGGCCUGUAUGAAAAUUUUAAAUCAAUACUUCGUCAGCAUUGAUCCAUCAAUGUUUUCUGACUUCUUCUUGCAAAUUAUAGCUCCCUUAUGUAAUCAUGACUUCUUUACUUUCUUUGAUUUACAAUAUUCAGAAAUGAGUGUUCUUUUCCCUGAACACGGAGCUUCUGUUGUUGAUAUAAUGCUGAAACACUGGCCAAGACAAAGUAUCCCUAAGCAGGUAUCGUUUAUUUUCAAUAUUAUGAUCAUUUUACCGAAUUUGGAAGAAGAAGAAGUUAAUGCGUUGACUCCACCUUUCUUUAAGAUUCUUGCUGAAUGCAUUAACAUGCAUAGUCCAAGAUUGGCCCUGACGGCUAUCAAUAUUUGGACAAAUGACGAAGGAGCAGAUUUUGUCGCAAGAAUGAAGAAUUUAAUCUUCCCAUACUACGCACCAGCCAUCUUCCAGGCCAUGGAAAAGCACUGGAAUGAAGACGUAAGGGCUGCAGCUACUGAUACUUCCUCAUUUUUGAUGACAAUUGAUGAAGAACUUGCCCUGGCCGCAACUACAGCCGAUAAUAUUAAAUCAGAGGCUGAUACUAUGGAAAAUUGGUUGAUGAUGGCCCAAGCAGCUUCUGAAAAAUCUGGAAUUGAUAUUUCAGGUUUUGAUGCAAAGGUAAGAUCGACUUUCCUUAGAUGA